CGGCGAACCCAAUCCAAAACUCCACUCCACUCUUUUUCCUCUAUCCGCCCGCCUCCCCGCGCCAUGGCGCCGCUCCCCGCGCCCACCGCCGCCUCCGCCUUCCUCUUCCACGCCCCGCCGCGCGGCCACCACCACCACCACAAGCCUAAGCCCUCCUCCAGACCCACCACCACCCUCUGCUCCGCCGUGCCCUCCUCCACGCCGUCCCUCGCCGACCAGCUGGAGCCGCUCUCGCGCACGCUGCUCACCGACAAGCCCACCCCCGCCGCCGACCGCGCGCAGCGCCCCACCCCGGAGCCCACCUGGGUCAACCCCUCCAGGCCGCGCCCCACGGUGCUCUCCCUCCGCCGCCAGCGCCGCCGCCCGGCCGCCUCCCACCCCUCCUCGGCCCCGCUCCAGCCGCUGCUCCGCGACCUGCGCGCGCUCCCGGAGGACGCCGACCUGGCGCCCACCCUCAGCGCCUUCUUCCCGCUCCCGGGCUCCCCGCCCACCUCCUCCGACGCGCUGCUCCUCCUCAACUACCUCCACCCGUCCUGGCGCAAGACGCUCUCCCUCUUCGCCUACCUCCGGGGCCUCCCCGCCGACGCCGGCUUCACCGUCGACACCAUCCUCUUCAACGUCGCCCUCAAGUCGCUCCGCGCCGCGCGCCGCUGGGACGAGGCGGAGCGGCUGGCGCUCGACAUGGUCGACUCCGGCGUCCCGCUCGACAACAUCACCUACUCCACCCUCAUCACCGCCGCCCGCCGCUGCCGCCAGUUCGCCAAGGCCGUCGAGUGGUUCGAGCGCAUGUACUCCCCGCCCAGCGGCGUGCUCCCCGACGAGGUCACCUACUCCGCCGUCCUCGACGUCUACGCGCAGCUCCGCAUGAAGGAGGAGGUGCUGGCGCUCUUCGACCGCGCCCGCGGCAGCGGCUGGAAGCCCGACCACGUCGCCUUCGCCGUGCUCGCCAAGAUGUUCGGCGAGGCCGGCGACUAUGACGGCAUCCAGUUCGUCUUCAAGGAGAUGCGGGAGGUGGGCAUCAAGCCCAACAUCUUCGUCUACAACGCGCUGCUCGAGGCGCUCGGCAAGACCGGCAAGCCGGGCCUUGCCCGCAACCUGUUCGAGGAAAUGGCCGCCGAGGGCGUCGAGCCCAACGCGCGCACGCUCACCGCGGUGGCCAAGAUCUACGGCCGGGCGCGCUGGGGCCGCGACGCGCUCCAGCUCUGGGACCAGAUGCGCGACAAGAAGAUCCCCGCCGACAGCAUCCUCUGCAACACGCUGCUCAGCAUGUGCGCCGACGUGGGGCUGGUGGCCGAGGCCGAGCAGCUCUUCGAGGAGAUGAAGGACCCGGACCUCACCGACGUCCCCCAGCCGGACAAGUGGAGCUACACGGCCAUGAUCAACAUCUACGGGAGCAUCAAGGACGCCGACCGCGCGCUCCAGCUGUUUGUGGAAAUGCUCCAGAGCGGCAUAGAGGCCAACAUCAUGAGCUACACCAUCGUGAUCCAGUGCCUCGGCAAGGCGAACAGGAUACGGGACGCCGUGGAGGUGCUCGAGGCGGGGCUGGAGAGGGGCCUCAAGCCCGAUGACCGGCUAUGCGGGUGCCUGCUCUCCGUCGUCGCGCUAAGCAGCGGCGAGGAGACGGAGCUGGUGCUCGGAUGCCUCGAAAAGUUCAACGGAAACCUAGUCAAGCUGAUCAGGAUGCUCGGGGACGACCAGGUGGGCGCCGACGAGCUCAAGGAGCAGCUGAAGGCCGUGCUGAAUGCCGCGGAGACCGAGGUGCGCCGGCCCUACUGCAACUGCCUGAUCGACAUAUGCCAGAACCAUGGCCUCCCCGCCCGGAGGCCGAGGGAGCUCUUCCGGCUCGCCCAGGGCUACGGCCUCUACUCCAAGCUCCACAUCAGGAAGGAUGACGAGUGGCUGCUAGACCUGCGGUCGCUCUCGGUUGGCGCUGCUAAGACGGCGUUCGACGACUGGAUGGUGGCCCUCUCGGAGCGCGCUGCGCAGGGCCAGACCCUGCCACAGUCCUUCAACGUGUUCACCGGUUCCAGCACCCACAAGUUCGCGCAGGGGCUGGCCAGCGCCUUCGCCGCCCACCUCAAGGAGGCCGCGGCGCCGUUCCGCCCGAGCGAGUCCCAGGUCGGCAGCUUCGUCAGCUCCAGGGACGAGCUAGUCCCGUGGCUGCAGACGAGCAGCCCGUCGUCUCCGGUCGUCGCGGGAUGGGUUGCUUCAGUAUCUGUUGGCACUGAGAGCUGCGUUCAUCGCAAACAGCAGAUUGUGUUUGUUAGUUAUGGGGAAAUUGUGGGUUCUAGUGAAGCAAAGGCGGGUCAUUUGGUGCCCAUUGCUGCCUGCUGCCGCGCUGAUAAUGGGAGAGGAGCGCUUGCAGAGUUGCUGGCCGAAAAUGGUGGCCAUUACACGGUGCUUUGUCUUCUUGUGUCAAGUUUCUGCUUAAACCAUCCCCGGGAAAGAAAAGAAAAGAAAACAGCAAAAGGAAAAGAAAAAAAAACAAUUGUAUGGGCUCGGCCUCAUACUCACAAAUGGGCUGGGCCUUGUUCCCCAUGUGUCGGGAGUCCAUCACAAACAAAGUCCCCCUCAAAAAAAAAAAUCACAAACAAAGUCGAGGCCUCCGCAUCUUCUUCCUCUGCCCCACACACGCGCGACAGACAGAAAUCGGAGGGGAUCGCCGAGCCGAGCGGAGGCCGGAGAGGGAGAAGGAAGAUGAUACUCGCCGUGCUCUUCGCCAACUCCGAGGGCAACAUCCUCAUCGAGAGGUUCCAUGGCGUCCCCGCGGAGGAGCGGCUGCACUGGCGCUCCUUCCUCGUCAAGCUCGGCGCCGAGAACCUCAAGGGCGCCAAGUCCGAGGAGCUCCUCGUCGCCUCCCACAAGUCGGUCUCCAUUGUGUAUACCAUGAUCGGGGACGUCUGCCUGUACAUUGUUGGCAAGGAUGAAUAUGAUGAGCUUGCUUUGUCGGAGGUGAUCUUCGCUGUUACGUCGGCGGUUAAGGAUGUGUGUGCGAAACCACCUACCGAGCGCCUCUUCCUCGACAAGUAUGGGAGGAUCUGCUUGUGCCUUGAUGAGAUCGUUUGGCAGGGGUUGCUGGAGAACACGGAGAAGGACAGGGUUCGGAGGCUGAUCAGGCUGAAGCCCCCCAUAAUUCUUAUAUGUAAGAAAUGUAGAGUUAAAAAGGAGCAGCGGGAGAGCCACAAAAACAAUAUUUCCUUCCACAAGGUGUGUGAGCCGAGAGAGGAAGAGACCUGCCGGCCGGAGACGGAGACGAUGGAUCUGGUGAACGGCGCGCUCAACUGGGCGGCGAUGCCCGCCAUGGUCGCCGCCCUCCUGCUCUUCUACCCGCCAUACUACCUCUUCAAGCUCUGCUACUCCUUCCUCUCCUACCUCUUCCCCGACGACCUCAAGCGCAAGGUCGUCCUCAUCACCGGCGCCUCCUCCGGCAUCGGCGAGCAACUGGCCUACCAGUACGCCGCCAAGGGGGCAUGCCUCGCCCUGGUCGCCAGGAAGGAAUGGAGCCUCCGGCAGGUCGCCGACCGCGCCUUCGACCUCGGUGCGCCGGACGUCAUCAUUCUCCCCGGCGACGUCGCAGACCCCGACGACUGCAACAGAUUCGUUCAGGCCACAGUCGACCACUACGGACGAUUGGACCAUCUUGUGUGCAACGCUGGCAUUGCGAGCGUGGGCGCCUUUCAGGAGAUCCCCGAUGUCACUAACUACAGCUCGCAGCUUGAUGUCAACUUCUGGGGCGCAGUUCAGUCCACUUCUGCUGCCCUGCCCCAUCUUAAAAGGACCCGAGGGAGGAUCGUGGUCACCGCCUCCGCGACCGGAUGGAACCCCGUUCCGCGCAUGAUUUUCUAUAAUGCCGCCAAUGCCGCACUGAUAAACUUCUUCGAGACGCUGCGGUCGGAGCUUGGCAGUGAAGUUGGCAUCACAAUAGUGACGCCCGGGUGGAUCGAGUCCGAGAUGUCCAAAGGCAAGUUUCUCAAGGAGCACGGCGGCGUGGAGGUUGAUCAAGAAUAUCGAGAUGCUCAAAUCGGUCUCUUCCCGGUGGAGUACGCGAAGAACUGCGCGAGGGCCAUGGUGCAGGCAGCUCGCCAAGGUGACCGUUACCUCACCGUGCCGUCAUGGUUCGGAACAAUGUACCUGUGGAGGGUGUUUGCGCCGGAGGUCGUCGAGUUCUGCUACCGCCUCCUGUACAUGCACCGCCAUGGCGGUGGCGACCAGACCGAUGCGCCGAGCAAGACGAUGGCCCAGGGUGGCGGGAAGCAGAUGCUGUACCCCUCCUCGCUGCGCUCUUCGGACGUCAAAAGCGACUAGAAACUAAGCUUUAGGUGUGGAUGCUAAGCUUUAGUAGUUUGUAAUCCCGAAUAAGCUGUGUUGUGUGUUUGUAAUAUUAGUUCUGUGUUUGAGACUGCGUGUCGAUCGACUCGUUGGUGUCUUGAAUAAUGCUUUGCACUGGUCAUAAUCUGAAAAUUUCAUUAAAAAAUAGUAAAUUUUCCUGCAAUGUCCUGCAA